GGGUGCUCCCUGAAACCGCUGCUGCAGCACAAGAGAAGGCGCGAUGACACGCAGAUGGGCGUGGCAACAAGAUGAUGUGACCAACUGAUUGAUCGCAGGCCCAUUGCCGACAUGUCAGUGGUAAGUGCGGAGAGGGAGGGACAGGCAAAGAGGGCUUUCACAAGCAAUCAGCUUGGGUCAUCCAUCCGAUGUGUGUGUGUCUGUUGUGUGUGUAUGUUAACACAGUUGAGUCAGAUCUUCGGCAGCGGUUGUUCGCUGGAGGUUCAGUUUGACCAUGAGCCUCAGCGCAAGAUGGCGCCGCUGGGGAGGGACCGCAAGGGCGAAAAGGCACUUAUCUACUCGGUAUAGAUCUAGGAAAGGGGAACGGAAGGAGGCCGUCAGUAAGUCAGUAGUGUGUGGUGUUGUGUCGUGUGCAUGCCAUGACCACCCCCCACCCCCCCACCCACCCUCCCUCCCCGUUGCUUUGUAUGCAUGCCACGCAGGAUGGCGAGGAUGUGUCGGGUAGUGCGAUGGUGUCGAUGAAGCCCGGCAAGAAGAUCGACCACCAGGGGGUCAAAAUCGAACUCAUCGGACAAGUUGGUCAGUCACACGCUGCUUAGCUUACUGCACUGCCAGCCAGAGACGGCACCGCAUGCCAGUCAGUCGGUCGGUCGCCGACAUGUGCUGCUGCUGUGUGUGUGGUGUUGUGUUGUGUUGUGUUGUGGUGGAUGGUGCAGACAUGCUGUACGACCGGUCCAACUCAUAUGAUUUUUUCUCUAUCACCAAGGACCUCGAGCCGCCAGGUAGGGUAGGUUGCCUUGCCACGACCACACACUCAAUCCGUCCCCCCGGUGACCUUGACGAAUCGAUACAUACAUCGGAUGAAUGGUGUCUGUCUGUCUGUCUGUGGUGUCAUUGUGUAUCUCUUCUCUCCUGUGUGUGUGUGUCUGCAGGUACGUUGGUUGAGUCCAAGUCGUACAAGUGGAAGUUCAGCUCAGUCGACAAACAACACGAAACAUACUACGGCAUCAACGUCAGGCUCAGGUAGGGACAUAGCUAUACACGGGCACAGCACACAUGGGUACCGUAACUACCUACUCAGGCCAAGUGGCGCUCCUCAUGUGCUGAUGCCUGUCCUGUCUGUGUCGUGUGCUGUGCAGGUAUCUGGUGCGCCUGACCAUCGUCCGCAACUACGCCAGGUGGACAGGGGAGCAGGUCUCGGUGCUGUCACACGCCCGUCAGAUGAGAUGGCGGGUCUGUGGGUCUGUGGUGUGUUGUGGCCUGGUCUCUGUCGUUCAGCAACAUUUUGAAGGAGAUGGAUUUCGUGGUGCAGAACCUGCAGCCCGCACCAGAAAUCAACAACUCACUCAAAAUGGAGGUACGGACGGACGGACGCACUGAUUGCACUCGUGGGGUGGCAUGGGGUGUGUGCGCGAACCGACAGACAGACAGACAGACAGAGGCCAGGCAGGCAGCCAGCCACCUCACUUGGCUGACUGCCUGCCUGCCCAUCACCCAGGCCAGGCACCCAUCACAUCAACCCACCAUGUUGGUUGGUGGGUUGGUUGGUGGGUUGAUGUGAUGGGUGAUUGAUUACAUUACGUGUGACUGUGACUGUGACUGUGUGUGUGUGAAUGUGUGCACUGCACUGCCCAUCACAGGUGGGCAUAGAGGAUUGUCUGCACAUCGAGUUCGAGUACGACAAGACCAAAUACCACCUCAAGGACGUCGUCGUCGGCAAGGUACGCUACGCAUAACGUAAACUACUCACUCAGUCGGACAGACGGACGGACGGAGGCCGCGCCAGCCAACACCAUGCUGCACGCCGUGGGUGGGCACAUGCCAUGCAUGUGUCUGUCUGUCUGUGUGGCGCCUGCAGGUGUAUUUCAUGUUGGUUCGCAUCAAGAUCAAGCACAUGGAGCUCGACAUCAUACGCAAGGAAACCACCGGAUCCGGUAACCAACCAACUACAAUGAAUGGGCUGGCUAUGCAUAGGAUGGAUGGCCUCAUUGGAGCCUCCCAUCCCAUCAUGCGGAUGAAAUAAUGUAUGUACGUAUGUGGUGGGGUGGUCUGAUGGGUUGGUAUGUAUGGCUGGGUCGGGCCAGGCAACAGCGGUACCAGUGACAGCGAGACGAUAUCCAAGUUCGAAAUCAUGGACGGCGCACCUGUCAGAUGUACGUACGCACGCACCAAACAACGCUGGCCUGGCCUGGCAUGCAUUCACCUACUGACUGACUGACUGACGUAAUGAAUGAAUGACAUGACCCACACACUCAUUUCAUACCCCGCCCUCCCUCCUACCUCCCCCCCUCGCGCGCUCUCUCUCUCUGUGUGUGUGUGUGUCAUUUCAGCUGAGUGCAUCCCCGUCCGUCUGUAUCUGAGUGGGUUCGACCUCACCCCCACUUACAGAAAUGUACAGGUACGUACCUACCGUACGUGUGGACACAGGGAGAUGUGCCACACACGCGUAAAUGAAAGCAAUGUAUCACUUGGAUGGAUGGAUGCAUUGGUGCGCUUGUCUGGCUGUCCAGAACAAGUUUUCGGUCAAGUACUUUCUCAAUCUGGUGCUGGUGGACGAGGAGGACAGGAGGUCAGACACACACACACACACACAGCGCCAGGCAUGGAGACAUCACACCACACAACACCGGUGUGCACUGCACUGCACUGACUGCGCUGCAUCGCUGCCUCACGUCUGUGUAUCUGUGUGGCUCCCUACCUCCCUACCUCCGUCCGUCGCACACAGGUACUUCAAGCAGCAAGAGAUCGUCCUAUGGCGCAAAAAAAUCGGCUGACGCACUGCAGUGCAGUCACUGCACUGCCUCACCGACUGAGUGACUGAGGGGCCGACAGCCGCAGUGCCCACGGUGUUAACAUAACAGACCUGACAGCGGUUGAUUGUGCAGACAUACAUGCAGACAGACAUUCGUAUACUGACUGACAGUCUGUGUGACGUACGUAAGGCGAGACGGACGGAGGCGCGACCCCUGGUGGUGCCUGUGUAGGUAGGUCUUUCCGCUGCUGCCUUAUCUGUCUUGUUGUAGUGCUGGAGGCCGAGCUGGUGCGCGAUCUCCUUCCGUGUCCACCCGCAUGGAUGGAGUUGCCGCACUUGUUCGGAAAGUGACCCUACCACGAGACAAGGAAGGUGCCUGGCGGUGCGGCGCAUCCAUCCAUCCAUGUUGGGAUCCAUGUUGGUUGGAGUCCGUUGGUGUGUGAGUGUCUUUAUUUGUCCAUGUCAGUCAGUCGGUGAGUGAGUGAAGGCACAGAUGACUGAAUCAAUGAAUGAAUCUUGGCUGAUUGAACGUUC